CUGCUGCAAUGGAAGUAAACAGGGACGAAGCGGAGCGCUGCAUUGACAUUGCAACUGCGGCGUUAAGUAACCACCAGCCGGAGAAGGCGCUGAGGUUCCUGGAGAAGGCGCAGAGGCUCUUUCCGACAGAGAAAGCCAAGGUACUGCUGGACCUAAUAGCAAAGAAUGGAUUCACACCCAGACAAGGUGGCCACCCAGACGCCAGCGGGGUAUCGGGGCCUCGACAGCGGCAGAACACCAGUGAAGAUACCAGACCCGAAGAAAAACCUUCUGACACCUCAAAACCCUACACGGCAGACCAGCUCGAGUCUGUCAGAAGGGUAAAACAGUGUAAAGACUUCUAUGAAAUCCUUGGGGUCCAGAAAGACGCCUCUGAGGAUGAACUCAAAAGAUCGUAUAGAAAACUUGCUUUGAAAUUCCAUCCGGACAAGAAUCACGCUCCGGGUGCAACGGAGGCGUUUAAAGCCAUUGGCAACGCGUACGCUGUUCUGAGUAACGUUAACAAAAGACGACAGUAUGAUCAGUGUGGGGAUGAAAGAAGGCAUCCGUCCAGACACAGCCCAGGCAACGGGAACUUUGAGCCAGACAUCUCCCCUGAGGACCUCUUUAAUAUGUUCUUCGGAGGCGGUUACCCGUCAAGUAAUGCUCACGUAUACACGAAUGGACGGAUGCGUUACCAAAGGCGAGAGAGAAGAGAGAGACAGCGGGAUGGAGGUCUUGCUCUCUUUGUACAGGUUAUGCCCAUCCUCAUCCUGGUCAUCGUGUCGGCUCUCAGUCAGAUAAUGGUCAACAACCCGUCCUACAGCCUCAGCUUCAGGCCGUCAGCAGGUUACUCGCAGAAGAGGCUGACCGAGAACCUGAAGGUGCCGUAUUAUGUCGGGGAGCAGUUCUCCAAAGAGUUCACCGGCGUAAAUUUGAAAAACUUGGAGCAGACGGUGGAGGACGAUUAUAUUUCCAACCUUCGCAAUAACUGCUGGAAGGAGAAACAACAGAAGGAAGGCAUGUUAUACAGAGCUCGCUAUUUUGGAGACACCGAUCUGUACCAAAGAGCUCAGAGGGCUCGCACGCCAAGCUGCGCCAAGCUGUCAGAGAUCACGGCUUCAUUACAUGGAUGAGGAUGCUUUCAUGAUUAAAAGUUUCAAGAAUCACCCCAAAAGAUUACAGGCUGUAAAUAGAUAAGCUUUAACAAUCUGGAGGCUGACGAUGACUCAACAAGCAACACGAACAAACCAGCACCACUCCUCACCAAACUGACAACACAAACCGGUCGAAGCCAUUUCUGUGGAAGUUUUAGUCUGUGAAAUUCAAAUAUAAUGAUAUUAUAUUGUUUCAUAUGGAAAAGCCACUUCACACGUCUUGUCCUCCUGGCAGGGUGUGAGUUCGAAUAACCUCAAAGUACCAGUUCCGACUGGCAGCCAUGAAGCUGGCAUGGGUCACUUCACCUUGGUUUUUGUGAGAAUGCAGUAUGAAACCAGAGCAUAGUUAACUUAUAUAUAGUCAUACAGAUGUCAUUUAUGUAGCAGUUUAACAGAUACCACAUUGAAUGCUUCCUCCUUAUUUUUUAUGCAGUCGGAUCAGUGGGGUAAAAAAACAAAAAACGAUUUACUGAUUUGACUUCAAAUGCACAUUCUCAAACUAUGCAGGAAUAUUGUGGAACCUCUGAUGAAUAUUCACUCACGUCUAGGGUUUGUCAGACACUUGAACACCUGAGAUCUGUCUUUUUCUGCCGUGUGUGUGUGUGUGCGCUACCAGUUAGAAUACGUCCCCGUCACUCUGCUUCCUUUAGUUGUGUUAAGGACAGAAUUAUACGGUUUAACUUCACAGUAAAUGCCAAGAGAGCGAGACAUGUGCCUACCCACAACGUGGGACGUUAACAGGUUCUGGUUUUGGAGUCUCUGAUGAAUCUCAUCUGUUGGAAAAAAAACAAAAAUACAAAAAAGAAAAGAAGCAAUUUCUGUCACACUUUCUAAGUUUAUAGUAUGCUAUUUAUUCUUUGUAUUAUUUAUUUAUUUAAGGAAUAGAUCUUGCUCACUUUUUCCACCAUGUUUUUACUCCCAGAUGAAAAUAAAUAUGGAUGCUUGAA